UGUUAUCAUGAGUAAAAAUCCACACAAAAAUGCAUUUUUAAAUUGCAUUCAUUUAGAAUUAUGGGUUAACUUGGAUGCAUACAUUCCUUUCAUGUCACAUUUUAUGGCUGCAACAAGCACUACGUAAGCUUGAAUUUUGUACAACUUGUGACCAUACACACCCACGCCCACACACAUUGUACUGUAACAUUGCUGUAGUUGCUCUCAGGCACAGUAGCAGCUGCAGACCAUUUUUUCCCAGCCUGUUCUUUGUCUGGACCAGCAAACCAGUCAGUACACUGAGGGGAAAAAGUAGGCUACUCUUGUGCUUUCUGGAGUGGCAUCUGAUCCUGCCUUCAUCAUAACCAGAGCUCUUCCAUAACAUGCCAGAGGAAAUGUCAGUUCCAGCAGGGGAACUCACCAACAAGCCCUUUGCGACCCAGUUGUCCAAUGUUUACCUCAGCAUCUUGGCACUGUUCUGCUUUAAGCUCUUUGUUAAGAUUUCUCUCAACCUGUUGACAUACUUCUACAUUGUUCGUGGGAACCGUAAAGAAGCUGCCAGAAUAUCAGCAGAGUUCUAUGAUUAUGGUCAACAACACAGUGAGUACACUGAGAACAUCAUAAAAACCCUUGGAUCCUGGGCAGACCGCUCACCCCUCCACGAUGCUGCAAGUCAAGGCCGCCUCCUGGCCCUGAGAACCCUCAUUUUACAGGGUCACAGUGUGAAUGUUCUGACUAUAGACCAUGUGACACCACUUCAUGAGGCCUGUCUUGGAGACCAUGUCGCUUGUGCGAGAGCUCUCAUUGAUGCAGGAGCAAAUGUCAAUGCUUCUACAAUUGAUGGAGUCACCCCUCUGGUCAACGCCUGUACAGUGGGAAGUGUGGCAUGCACUGAAAUUCUUUUGGAAAAUGGAGCAAAACCCCAGAGUCUUGUGUACCAUCCCUCACCGAUCCAUGAAGCUACCAGCAAAGGUCAUUACGGUUGUGUGGAGGCUCUGGUGACUUGGGGGGCAGAUGUGGACAUGGACAUUCCUCACCUGGGCACAGCGCUCUAUACAGCUUGCAUCUGUCAAGAGCUGGAGUGUGCCAGGAAACUCCUGAGGGAAGGUGCAAAUGUUCAAAAAGGCAAAUCCCUGGAUUCGCCCCUACAUGCAGCUGCACAGAAAGACUGUACGGCAGUAGUGAAGCUGCUGCUGGACUUUGGUGCUGACAUUAACGCUAGGAACACAGACUUUCAGAGGCCAGUAGACGUGGCUCCACCCAGCAGUUUAACUGAAGGCUUUCUACUGCUCUAUGAAGCUACACCAAGACUGCUAAGCCAGCUGUGUCGUCAGUGUAUCAGGAACUGUGUUGGCCGUCACAGACUCCACCUUCUCUCGCACCUUCCCCUGCCCAACAGGCUCAGGAGCUACCUGCAGUACCAAUGACAACAGGAGACAACAACCAAUCUACCUAUGCCAGACUUCCAGAAAGAAGCCUUUGACACAACCAGCACAUCAACUCUGUGUACUCUUCCUACUUUUAAUUUUAAUUUCCAGUCAGUGCAGUAAGAGCAAUUAAUUGAAAUUAGUCACAGAGCAGCCACUGUGUUACCGACAGUAACUAGAUGGGUUGAGCAGCCUCCAUCUCAUUGUGGAUGUGUGGACCUGAGUGAAUGUGAGGAUGUUGCUUAAACAACCUUGCAGACUUGUUCUUUCCAGUAUAAAUUAUGGUUAAUAUUACAUCAUAAAAACUGUGUUUGUAACUGUGUUCAGGUUUGCAGUGUUUAGGAAAUGCCUUAAUAGUUGCACAGCUAUAGAAAUUGAUGAACUUUAUAACAUUUUAAUGCUAUAAUGGCAAUUAAUUAAAAUACAGUAUAUGAAGGCAUAGUCAAAGUUUUGCAUUUGAUACCUAAUGCGUUGCACACUACUAGUUGUUUAAAACAGUUUUGAAAGUAGUAUUCCAAAAUCUGUUGCCUUUGUGUGUGUAUCUGUGUGUAUAUAUAUGGACUGCAUUACUGACAUAGAGGUUGAUAUGUAUUCACAAAUCUGAAAACAAAAAUAGUUGACAAGUUUAAGCUUGGAUUACUGAGUACUGACAACUGGAGGUGGCUGAGCUCAAAUGGAAAAUAUGAGUAGGUGGAGCAGCAAGUGUUUGUCUCUAUUGUUUCAAAAGCUAAUGAUAUUGCAAUUUGUUUGUUUCAAUAGCUAAUGCUGAAAUGAAAGACAUUAUGAACUAAAUAUUCAUAUGAAUAAAAUAGAAGCAUUACAAACAGAAAUAGCAUUUCAUAAU